AUGGAAUAUGACAUCCAACUGCCACUCUCCUCGUCGCCGUCCCUCCACCUCGCCCACCCAACCCCCACCGAAUCCCGCGUCAUCUGCCGCCAAACAGCCCCCGACUGGAAGGACGCCCUCUCACACCCUCAAUACCUCGAGGAAUACGCAUUCUUGCUAACGGCGCCCCUCGCGCGCAACAGUGGUGUCACGUCAUGGAUCCUUGUUGACAAAACCCAACCAGAGGACAAGCGCACCAUCCUCGCCUCCUGCGAGACGUUUCGCAAGGACGCACUGGUCGGCGAUUGUGACGGAAAUUGCACCAAUGUCAUUGCGCAUGGAAUCGCGAGUGUUUACUGUCAUGAGCCUUUCAGGAAACGGGGAUAUGCCUCGCGGUUGCUCAGAGAAUUGGCCGAUGUGCUUCCCAGAUGGCAAGUCGAUAACAAGACAUCUGUUGUCGGGAGUAUACUGUACUCUGACAUCGACCCGGGCUUCUAUUACAAUUUAGGCUGGACGCCGUUUGCGAGUGAUCAGCUCGAGUUUGAGCCUUCACCGGUAGCUCAUAAUGCUAUACAUUUGCAUGCAGAAGAUUUAAGAGCUCUCUGCGAAGAAGAUGAAGCACUCCUUCGAGCAUCAAUGUCAAAGCCAUCACCGGACAAACAUUCAAACCCCCGAUUCGCAAUAGUCCCGAACCAUGAGCAUGUCCUCUGGCACCAUGCGAAGGAAGAAUUCGGCUCGCAGAGACUGUUCGGGAGUGCGCCCAGUAUUAAAGGCGCCAUAGCCGGACCGCGUGGCAACCGCGUUUGGGCGACCUGGACGCAUCGGUUUUAUCGGCAUCCUGACGUUGAUUCUUCGGCCAAUACGUUGUAUAUCUUGCGAUUUGUCGUGGAGAGUCCAGAGGCCGCCGCUGAGGAUGUAUGCGCUGUGCUGGGUGCGGCUCGGGCUGAGGCUGCGGAAUGGGGAUUGGGAAAGGUCAAACUCUGGGCUCCAGAGAGGGAACUGGAAGGUUUGAUUGAGCAGAGUGGUGUGCCGUUUGAGCGCAAGACGAGGGUACGUAAUAGUAUACCUUGUUUGCGAUGGUAUGACUCAGGGCCGGUGGAUUGGGUCCUGAACGAGAAAUAUGCCUGGUGUUGA